GCAGAUGGCGUCGGCUACCGACUCCCGCUAUGGGCAGAAGGAAUCCUCGGACCAGAACUUCGAUUACAUGUUCAAGAUCCUGAUCAUCGGGAACAGCAGCGUCGGGAAAACCUCCUUCCUGUUCCGGUACGCCGACGACUCCUUCACGCCCGCCUUCGUCAGCACCGUCGGCAUCGACUUCAAGGUCAAGACCAUCUAUCGGAACGACAAGCGCAUCAAGCUGCAGAUCUGGGACACGGCCGGGCAGGAGCGGUACCGCACCAUCACCACCGCCUACUACCGCGGGGCCAUGGGCUUCAUCCUCAUGUACGACAUCACCAACGAGGAGUCCUUCAACGCCGUGCAGGACUGGUCCACCCAGAUCAAGACCUACUCCUGGGACAACGCCCAGGUGCUGCUGGUGGGGAACAAGUGUGACAUGGAGGACGAGCGCGUGGUCUCCUCGGAGAAGGGCCGCCAGCUCGCCGAGCACCUGGGAUUUGAGUUUUUCGAGGCCAGUGCCAAGGACAACAUCAACGUGAAGCAGACCUUCGAGCGGCUGGUGGACAUCAUCUGCGAGAAGAUGUCGGAGUCGCUGGACACGGCCGACCCCGCCGUCACCGGGGCCAAGCAGGGCCCCCAGCUCACGGACCAGCAGGCCCCUCCCCACCAGGACUGUGCCUGCUAGGGGCCAGCCCCCCCCCAUCCUCCACAAACCCCCCCAAAAACCGGUCAGUGCACCCCCCAACCCCCCCCCCCAGCCCCUCCUCUUGGGGGUCCCGCGGGGGAAUUGCUGCUGAUACCUCCCAAAGGGCUGCGGCCCCUUUAGGAGCUCCCCACCCCAUAAUUCAUUAGGCUGUGCCCCCCAACCCACCCCCUUAAUUUAUUUUGAAGCCUGGGCUGGUAGAAAACUCCCCUCGUUCUGCUUCUAAUCACUGUCCAAGGAACCAUUGCCCCCAGCCCUUCCCCGAGAACCCCCUUCCUUGGGGGACCCCCUUCCCUGGGGACCCCACUGCUCUGAGGGGACCCCCCCUCUUCCCUGAGAAACUCCUGCCCUGGGGACCCCUAAUCCCUGGGGACCCCCUUCCCUGAGGACCCUAUUCCCUGGGGGAGCCCCUUGCCCUGGGGACCCCCUGACCUUGGGACCCACUGCCUUGGGAGACCCUCCUGCCCUGAGAAGCCCCUUCCCUGGGGACCCCCUUCCCUGAGGACCCUAUUCCCUGGGGGAGCCCCUUGCCCUGGGGACCCCCUGACCUUGGGACCCACUGCCUUGGGAGACCCUCCUGCCCUGAGAAGCCCCUUCCCUGGGGACCCCCUUCCCUGAGGACCCUAUUCCCUGGGGGAGCCCCUUGCCCUGGGGACCCCCUGACCUUGGGACCCACUGCCUUGGGAGACCCUCCUGCCCUGAGAAGCCCCUUCCCUGGGGACCCCCUUCCCUGAG